AUGGUGGCUAUUAUAUACAGACAUAAGGCCAAGGAGUUCAACGAGCUCAAGAUCGCCGGCGGGUUCAACAAUUGGGAGAUUGUGCCCAUGCAGUGGAGUCCCGCCAAGGAGCAAUGGGAGUACGAGCUCGAUCUGGAGAAGAUUCCCGCCGCAGUGACCAAGAUCCACUUCAAGUUCAUCGACGACCAGGGCAAUUGGUUCACUGACAGCAAUUACGCCAAGGAGAUCGACGAGCACAACAACGAGAACAACGUCAAGUUGUUGCCGGGACACCAGGAGACCGCUACUGCUUCGGAUGAUAAGGACGUCUCUUACCAGGACGAGCAAUUGGAGAAAGGGCCCAUCACCCCAGCUCCAUCUCUGGUUGCUGAGAAAACAUCAGAAAAACACACUACCACAGAAGAUCCAAAGCCAGUGCCUGAAGCGUUGCCUGAAGUCACAGAAACUAUAGUAGAGGAGCCCGCCAAGGCGCUGACCGACGAGGAGGACACCGCCAAUAGCUCAGAAGAACAGACUCGCGUAGAAGAGGAGGAACCAGAGCAGAUCGAAGAGGUUACUGAUACAAAUGAAACCAAAAAUACCGUAAUCAAAGGAUCUGAUGCAGAUAUGUACAAGACUCUCUUGCAAAAAAUCAUUGAGUUCUUCGUGUCAUGGUUCGCUUGGAUACGGGGUGACGCUAAAUAG